CUCGGGAAUGGACCCUCACAAGCGACGAAGAUCGAAACGAGUUCCAAGACCCGAAGACCAGCUCACAAUGGCGUUGUCCGGUUGACGAAUGUAGCCCAGGCAAACCUCACCCUGUUUAUUUCAACAAAGCCCUUCACAGUUACUCUUCAGACUAUUACUACGUACAGCAAUCAGAGAGGAAAUAACAUGUUACUGAGAACUAUUGUAGAAGCUUUGCAGGAGCGGCAACGGCAGCGGCGAGCCAAGAAAUCUCGUCGGCGAUCUGCCAAAGAACAAAAUAAUGGUACUACUAACACUACUGCUUCGAUGCCUCUGACAUACGCUCUGGCUCGUUCUUGGGCUUGGCCGGCCCUCAAGUUCCGAUGCGAGACACAUCCACAUGAAGUUUCAGAAUUGAGUGUCGAUGCCAGAGGUGAAACCAUUCUGCAUUGGGCUUGUCUGGGAAAGCCACCCGUCGAUACAAUACAAGCCAUUCUUGCAGUUUGUCCCGAGCUGGCUCGAGUGCGCAACAAUGUGGGACAUUUGCCACUGCAUGUUGCCAUUAGUUACCGUUCCUCGGUGGAUGUGGUCCGUGCACUCUUGCAAGUCUUUCCGGAAAGUGCUGGUUUACCCAAUGGGGCCGGAUCAUAUCCUCUUCAUUUGCUUUGCGAUUAUGGAUCUUGCGUCAAUUCUCUCAGGGCUGUCCUGGAAACACCCGAGGCAGUGGCUACCGUUACCAAGAGAAUCCAAGAAACCAGACCAUCUGGAGGCAUCAGCAACAAUAAACACAGACACACAACACCCCUUAACCUUCUCAAUGCUCGCAUGGACUAUCCACAAUUUCAACGUGCCAUUGUAGCAAUGAGAGAAGCAAGGAAACAACAGCAGGUGAUAAAAGAAGAAUUGCAACAAAGGCGGCAACAGAAGCAACGAGAGAUGGCGGCUGGUGCAGCAGUAGCUUCCGAUAUAGAACAAUCUGAAGCAGAUCCAGAGGCCAACUCAGGUGGAAACAGCAACGCAGAUCCCAUGGUGGCGUGGCUUCAACAACACGAGCAAACAAUUGCUUCCUUCCAGUCCAAUGACUACUGGCAAAAAGCAUCCCUAUUGGCAGUGGCCGAAUACACACAAGAGCCACUCUCGCCAGAAGGGCAAACUUAUAUUGUUCAUGCCUGUGCGGGGAUGCCCAGUUGUCCCAAAUUCUUGCUCGAGUUUGCCCUUUUGAUGCAUGCCGAUGACUUGUUGGACAAGAAGGACUCGCAAGGGAGGCUUCCACUGCAUGUGGCUGCUGCCAAUCACGCCAAUGCCCUGGGUUUGGAUCUACUACACAACAAGGAGAAUGAGCGCCAUCGAGAAGCAUCCCAAAGAACUCUUGCCACUGUGUUGUCUUCUUGUCCUCAGGCGGCCAAGGUUGCAGAUUCCAAUGGCGAUCUGCCGCUAGCACUGGCCUUGCAACUUAUUCAACUGAAUGGUUCCGACAGUGCCAGCGCAUGGUCCAGUGGUUUGCAAGAAUUGCUGGAUGCCAACCUGGAGGUUUUGGAGGUAUUGGAUCUCAAUGAGCGACUGUUUCCAUAUGUCUGGGCCAAUCGUGUAAAGAAUGUGGAUAGUCUCUUUCAGUCAAUUCGGCAGCACCCCAACUUGUUACAGAAUAGAAUCCAAGCUGGGAGAUAAUUUAAAUAAUCAUUUUGUUCUCCUAC